GACUCAAUUGAGAGAGAGGGAGAGGAGGUCAGCAGUUAAAUGCAUUCACUUGUGUUGAUUAUACUGCAUGUGAUCUGACACUCCGCAAGCCAGACCUACUUAGUUUCAAUCAGACCUUGUACCAUUUACAUUACAGUGGUAUUUUAAGUGACUCUAAAGGGUGAAAAAGUAGUUUUAGUCGAAGUUCUGCUAUCUUCUCAGUUAUUCAGUUUAGAUUUAACUGUGCGACUCCUCUUCUGUUUAUAAAGCCAUGGGGAAAAGUUGCAGAGUUAGCAGGCUGUGCAUUCUUUCCGUGGUCUUAGCCCUAGUCUCCAUAGCAACCAUUGUCACGUUGUGGACUAUUGCCCUGACAGGAGAAGAUGAUAUCACAGCUCCUUGGGACAGCUAUCGUCUCUCCAAUGCUUUGGUCCCUGACUACUACAACAUCACUUUGUGGCCUCGUCUCAGCUGUGACCCAAACACUGGCCUCUACAUUUUUACAGGCCAAUGCACUAUGGAGUUUGAGUGUGUGAAAGAAACAAAUCUGAUCCUAAUCCACUCCAAUAAACUCAAUUACACCAAGAUGGACAACAUGCACUUUGCCAGGCUCGUCGCUUCAGGCGCUGGGUCGGCUCCCAGUAUUAAGUCUACGUGGCUGCAGUCUGAGACCCAGUAUCUGGUUAUUCAGCUGAAUAGUAAAUUAACUCUGAAUCACAAGUAUCAGCUGUACACUAAUUUCACUGGAGAACUAGCUGAUGACUUGGCUGGCUUUUACAGGAGUGAAUACAAAGAAGAUGGAAUCAGAAAGAUUGUUGCCACUUCUCAGAUGCAUCCAACUCAUGCAAGAAAGACUUUUCCCUGUUUUGAUGAACCAGCUAUGAAAGCUGUUUUCCAUAUAACUCUAAUCCACCCACCUGGAACUAUUGCCCUGUCCAAUGGCAUGGAAGGAGAUAUUGUUAACACCACUAUUGAUGGAGCAGCUGUGACAAAGACCACGUUUGAGCCUACCAGGAAAAUGUCCACCUAUCUACUGGCCAUUGUCGUCUCUGACUAUUCACACGUCAAUGCUACACAAGGAGAAACACUGAUCCGUAUCUGGGCUCGCAGGAUAGCCAUUGAGCAAGGACAGGCAAACUAUGCCCUCAAUGUAACUGGACCCAUACUGGACUUCUUCCAAUUGUACUACAACUACUCCUACCCUCUGCGCAAGUCAGAUCAAAUUGCUCUACCAGACUUCUAUUUUGGUGCAAUGGAGAACUGGGGUUUGGUGACAUACAGAGAAACCAACCUUCUCUAUGACCCUGUAACCUCCUCCAACAGAAAUAAGGAGACCACUGUCACCAUCAUUGCUCAUGAAUUAGCCCACAUGUGGUUUGGUAACCUGGUGACUCUGCGCUGGUGGAAUGAGGUCUGGUUGAACGAGGGCUUUGCUUCAUAUGUGUCUUACCUGGGUGCUGACCACGCUGAGCCUGCAUGGAACUUGAAAGACAUGAUAAUACUUGAUGACGUCCACAGGGUGUUUGCAGUUGAUGCCAUGACCUCCUCUCAUCCUCUGUCUUCUAAAGAAGACAGUAUUAUCUUACCAGGCCAGAUCAGUGAGCAGUUUGAUGCCAUAUCUUACAGCAAGGGUGCAGCGGUGUUGAGGAUGCUGUCCGAUUUCCUCUCAGAACAAGUCUUUGUCCAGGGACUCAAUAGUUACCUCAAACACUUUGCCUACAGUAACACAGUAGGAGAUGACUUGUGGCACCAUCUACAAAUGGCGGUGAAAGCCAAUAAUGUUUUACUUCCUUGCCCAGUACGGGAAAUCAUGAACCGCUGGGUGCUCCAGAUGGGCUUUCCUGUGGUUACCAUAGACACAACUACAGGAAAGUUAUCCCAGAAGCACUUUCUGCUGGAUCCAGAGUCUUCUGUAACAGUCAAAUCACCUUACAACUAUGAGUGGCUGAUUCCUGUCAGGUGGAUGAAGAGCGGUGAAUUCCAGAGAGAUAUCUGGUGGCUGAUGGAAAAAGAAGCGGUAAACUUGGAGAUGAGGAGAGGUGGUUUGUGGGUUCUGGCCAACAUCAAUAUAACCGGAUAUUACCGGGUAAACUAUGACCAUGGAAACUGGGAAAGCCUCUUUGCUCAGCUUAUUUCAGAGCACCAGGUUAUACCAGUGAUAAACAGAGCCCAGCUUGUGGAUGAUGCUUUCAAUUUAGCCAGAGCUCAGAUGGUCUCCACUACUCUUGCUUUGAACGCAACCCUCUAUCUGUCUGUGGAGACAGAAUACAUUCCCUGGCAGUCUGCUCUGGAUAAUCUGGACUAUUAUUACCUGAUGCUGGAUCGUACGGAGGUCUAUCAGCCUAUGCAGGACUACAUAAAAAAGCUAGUCACUCCACUCUUCCUGUACUUCAAAAACAUGACAUCCGACUGGACCCAUGUUCCUGAUAGACACACUGACCAGUACAACCAGGUGAACGCCAUCCGUAUGGCCUGCAGGACUGGAGUAAGAGAAUGCCAGAACCUGACCACCAAAUGGUUCAAACAAUGGAUGGAGACCCCUCAAACCAAUUUGUUGGUCUAUUUUAUGUAUAAUUUAGUCAUUUCCCUUUUUUUAGUUAAUCAAUUUGUUAACUUCAACUCUCUUGUCAGGAUUGAACCGAACCUGCGUUCAGCAGUGUACUGCAGUGCCAUGGCAGCAGGUGAUGAAGCAGAGUGGGAGUUUGGCUGGUCACAGUUCAAAAAAGCUACUGUAGCCAGCGAGGCCAGCAAACUCAUGUCGGCACUGGCCUGUACCAGCAACAAACAACUGCUGGAAAGGUAUCUGUCUUAUACCUUAAACUCAGCUAUGAUCCGCAAGCAGGAUGCUACCUCCGUCAUCACAUCUGUCGCCAGCAACAGAUUGGGACAGAGUCUGGCAUGGGACUUUGUCAGGGAACAGUGGGAAUACAUGUUCACACAAUAUGGGGUUGGUUCUUUCUCCUUUGCCUCUAUGAUAAGUGGGGUCACUGCAAGGUUCUCUACACCUGCUGAACUACAACAGCUGGUGGAGUUUGAGGAGAAGCACAGAGCAGCAGGGUUUGGAUCUGCCACACUGGCUGUGGAGCAGGCCUUGGAGAGGACCAGGGCUAACAUCAACUGGCUGCAAAAGAACAAACAGGAAAUCUUGGACUGGUUCAACAGUCAGACUAGACUUUAGAUUCACAGAAAACACUGGCAUAGCCAAAAAAGCG